AUGCACGACACGUUGCUCUCCAGUUUCCGGCUCGAACGAGUGAUUAAUGAAGAUCCACGCGCAAAGUCUAUUAAUCUUUUGGGCGAAUGUACGAAUGGACAAAACGAGAAAGUGCCUGCGGUGCUGCUGAUGGAAAAGGCCCAUUAUAGCAGAGAGUUUAUAGACUUGCUCCAGCAAGGCCCUACCGCAGCAUUCUUGCGCCUUGAGAGUAUUGGACAGAAUGACGUUUACCAUUGGGUAUUUGGAUGGACGAACGAAGAUACCAAGAGUGACGCCAAUUCUAAAAUGACACUCAUCUGUCCCGCAGCGCCAGAAGUCGUCGUCAAGUACAGUGCCCAAGAGCGACGCUUGAUUGUAGAGACCCAAGAAAUCUACCAACGUGUAACUCACCCGUGGAUUGAGUCCAUUCCUGCGUCCAAGACUGCGUGGGUUGGUAAUAUCUUGGACGGGGUCAAGGAGCGCAGUUCAGUCUUGUAUCGCGACGACGAUCCGCGCUUUGGAUUUGUCCUGCUGCCGGACAUGAAGUGGGAUAGGCGCACUCUUUCGUCCUUGUACCUCGUUGCGAUUGUACAAGACGCGAAUUUAAAGAACUUGCGCGAUUUGACCAAAGCGCAUAUUCCGAUGCUGCGCAAUAUACAGAAAGCGGGUGCUCAAGUUGCGACGGAAACAUAUGGACUCCUUAAGCCAAGCACAGAUGGCACAUGCUCGUCAUUGCGCUGUUACUUGCAUUAUAUGCCGACAUUUUUGUACGUGCUCCGCCGACUAUUUACUGACGAGAGUCAUUUGCACAUACACAUUUUGUCGGUUAACUAUGUGCAGCAUCCAGGCGCUAUUGUGGGUCAGGCGCAGCUCCUCGACGACGUGAUCAGCUUAUUGGAAUUGGGUGUUGAUUUCCAGCAGCGAACACUGGGGUACGCACUCACGGAAAAUCAUGGUCUAUUUCGAACUCUUUUGGAUGCAGGAUAUGGGAGCACAUAA